AAAAUGGGUAUUAUUUCCAUUAUUUUCCUUCUUAUUGGGUCUUCGACGGCUGCAGUCCUCGAACAUCAAUUAAUAUGGAAAGAAUCUAGAAUGAUUGAAAUGAUCAGAAAUGGAGAAUAUCCUGCCUAUUUGGAGUACCGCGACCGUAUGGUUGCUAGUAGAUCAUCUAACCUGGCUACUGUGGUUCAAAGCACAACAGAUUAUGUGUACUAUGAGUACAUGGGAAAUAUUACUGUUGGAACUCCUGAUCAAAACUUUAUUGUUGUAUUAGAUACCGGAUCAGCCAAUCUCUUAAUUCCAGGAACUAAUUGCACAACGUACUGUGAGAAAAAGAGAUUAUUUAAUGAAAAAGCUUCAUCCACAUAUAUUGCAACCAACCGCCCAUGGCAGAUCAAAUAUGCUAGCGGUGAUGCCUACGGGACAUUGGGAAUUGACACUGUUAAGAUCGGUGGAUCAGGAGAAGCACAACUCGCUAUUCCAAGAUCAUACCUUGGUGUUGCAGACACUGUCGGAUCAGAUUUCAAAUGGAGCCCAAAAGAGGGAAUCUUUGGUCUUGCAUUUACUGCAUUAGCUGUUGACAACAUUACCCCUCCAAUCAUCAACGCUAUCAAUCAAGGACUACUUGAUCAGCCACUUUUCACUACAUGGUUUGGUCAGAGAGGUGCUCCUGGAACUUCUGCAAGUGGUGCAUUCACUUAUGGAGGAUUGGAUAAAAACCAUUGUGGGCCAGUUAUUGGAUAUGCGGAACUAACUAAUGCUAGACAUUUUCAGUUCCAGGCAACCGGAUUUUCUCUUGGCUCAUAUGUAUCCACAACCACAUAUGAGGUAAUCACCGAUACCGCUACUUCAUUUCUAUGUGGACCUCAAGCUGCAAUUGACAACUUGGCUAAAGCUGCAGGAGCUACUUGGGACCCAACAAAUCAAGUAUUUAACAUUCCUUGUGAUGCCGACGCGGGGCCAAUUAAGAUGAAAAUUGGCCAAUUCAACUAUGUUAUUCGAGCAAAUAACUACAUUUUGAAGAUUGAUACAAACUCCUGCCUUUUCGCUGCAAUUCCACAAAACUAUGCUGGUUUCGGACCUUCAUGGAUUCUCGGUGGACCAUUCAUGAGACAAUAUUGUAAUGUACAUGAUAUCGGACAGAAACGUGUUGGAUUCUGUUUAUCUCUUGCAUAGACUCUUUCAUAAAUACAU